AUGACGACGCUGGACCCGGUGGAUGGUGUUGAUGCUCAGUUCGUCAAGGAGAUUGAGAAACAUGAUAAUGAAACUGAGUCGUCAUCAGAUUCAGACGUUGAUAGAUACUACUCUUCUCAUCCUGCCGGCAAGAAUCGCUUGUUUGGCCGCGAUAAGCCUCUUCACCUGGUCCUUGGCGGCGGAAAAUCUGCUGACAUUAUACUUUGGCGAAACAAGCAGGUGACGGCAUGCAUAUGUGCUGGUGCAACAGUAAUAUGGCUUCUCUUUGAAUGGAUAGGUUAUCAUUUGCUCACAUUUGUUUGCCAUUCUCUGAUUCUGGUAUUAGCAACAUUAUUCCUAUGGUCCAACUUGGCCUCAUUCUUCAAUAUAUCCCCGCCAGAAUUCCCCAAGGUUGUAUUGCCUGAAGACCUGCCUGCCACUGUUGCUCUUCUCAUCAGAGAUGAGCUUAAUUAUUCUUUCAAAACUUUUCGAGAAGUAGCUUCAGGGAAUGAUUUGAAGAAGUUUCUAUGGGUAAUUGUGGCCUUGUGGGUUAUCUCAGUAGUCGGCAGCUGGUUUGAUUUUCUAACCCUCUUAUACUUAGUGUUUAUGGUGUUCCUGACAGUGCCAGUGCUGUAUGAGAAGCAUGAGGAUACUGUGGACAAUUACGGAGAGAAGGCUUUAGGAGAACUAAAGAAAAAAUAUGCUGUGUUGGAUGAAAAGGUUCUCCAGAAACUCCCAAUGUCUCCUUUCCACAAGGAUCGCAAGCAGCACUGAUCAUAAGUUGUAAUAAGUACACAUCCCCAUCUACUGAACAACACCAUUUCUCCUGUUUCUUAGGUUUGUUGCUCCUGAUACCAUCCUCAUACUCAUCCUUUUAUUUCUCACUUGACGGUCUGAUUAGUUGUUGAAGAAGACGUCGACCAUUCUCCAUCUCUUUUCCUUUCCCAGUGCAAAUGGUUUUAUUGUUUUGUUUCCCAACAAUAGAUAAGAGAAACAUAUGUAGAGAAGAAAUCAUUUACCAUUUUCUCAGAGAUAAAUCAGUUGUUUUUCAUUGUUUGGUAACGUGAUUUGUUAGGAAACCUAGAAAUCGCCAUUAUUUUACUUUAGAAUACAAUCUGCAUUUCCUUCCUCUGAUCACCAAUAAAUAAUAAAAUUGAACUGGUUUUCCUAAAAAUUUUACCUUAUAAAAGGACGCAAUUUUGACAUUUGUCUAGGAAUAAAAUCAAACUGUAUAUUUUUUAUAUGUAUAGUUGUGACAUUUGUCUAACCUCACAUAUCUUUCCUCUUAAGAGUCAAGUUUAGUUUAUCAAGGUAAGAAGAAAGAUGCAGUUUUCUGCGCGGUUUUGCAGAACCUGAUCUAUUCACACAAGCAAAAAGCUAAUCAAACAUUAACAUUACAAAACCAAAAAAAUAUCGACUGUCUGAUCACUAACUCAGAGUUGUAUGGAAAUCAACCAACACGAAUUGCCCAUACAACAUGAUGAUAACAGAAAGAAAAAGUGGGGAAAAUAU